CUAUGCUUUUCCCAGCUGCUCAGCGAUUCAAGAGGUCCUCAGCUGCCGCCUUUAACCCAGUGCUACAACACUCAUUGGAAGAUGUGGUCCUGCUUUAUGAGUUUCUUUUAGCUGAGCUUGACAUUGACAAAGGCCAGAGGAUCUCCAUCAAAGAUGAAGAGCUUGCUUCACUGAGGAAGGCUGCUGAGUUUGACACCAUCUGCAAUGAGAUUAUCCCCAAGAGCAUCACAGAGAUCCGCAGGCUGAGUAGCAGGCUGUCGUCCUACCCAAGGGUCCUCAAGAAAGAAGACUUUGAAAGGACAGUGCUGACCAUGGUCUACACGGCCUACAGAGCUGCUCAGUCCCAGGGGCACCAGAAAGACACUUGGGCUGAAUCCUUUGUCAAUCUUUACAAAGCUCUGAAGCAUGACUUGAUGUUCCCAUACAACAAAGAGCCAUCAUAGCGGGCAACUUAAUGCAACGUCAACUCAGUCACCUCUUAGGGUUGACAAGGGACACAUGCAGCACAUCCACCACUU